GCUCAUCUUGCUGCUCAAGAAAUGAAAUUUUAUCUUCUUGGCGUUUCCGGUUGCCACCGUCAACGGCCAUGACAAAACCACCGCCGCUGCUUUUGCCGCCGCCUUUCUGUCUUCUCAGAUAAAGAAAGCACAAGAGCUUCUAAACUAAUGGGCCCGAAAGCUCACACUUUUACUAUCUAGGCCCAUUCAUUUAAAUGUGUAUCCUUGUUCGUUAUAGUGAAAUUACGAUUAACCCAUAGUUGUGUCGUCGUCGUCUUUUUUGCAGCCGCAGUAUCUUUUCCUGCGUGCCACCUGUUCGACAAAUUGUCUGAACCAAUUUCUACAAGUCUCUUAUAGUGUUCUUCGAUAAAGUUUGGAUUUUUUUUUGGGAAUCUCGGCACUAUUUCAUUCGAAUAGCUUGUGGAUUUUUGGUUUAAAUCCCAAGUAAUGGCUAAUGGGAACAACAAGAAAAGAGAUGGUGGUUUAUCGUCGCAUGCACCUCGAGAAAUCAGCGUCCACAAAUUCGCCGAGGCUCGAGCAGCUGAGCUCGAAUCUCUUCACUCGAUUGUGUCUGAUCGUUUGAACAAGGACUUUAGGUCGAAGAGGAACAAGAGGAGAAGGACCAAUUCUUACACUAACCAACCUUCAAAGAGACGUAACAUAAAGAGACAAAAGUCAGAGUCAUUAUUAUCGAUUGGUCAAUCAUCAGAACAUGAGACAAAGAUCACAAGACGAGUUAAGAGGAGAAUUGAACUCAAAGGGAACCCUGAAUCGGGGUUUUGUACCUCUGGGGAUGGAACAAAGAGGCUUAGGACACAUGUUUGGCAUGCUAAACGGUUUUCUAUGACUAAGCUUUGGGGUUUCCACCUUCCUCUUGGUUUACAUGGAAGAGGAAGGGGAUCUAGGAAUAUCUUGAAGAAGUCUAGGCAAGGUGUUCUUGUGCAUGAUGCAAGCUAUCACAUUGGUGUGCAAUUAGAGGGUCCAGAGGGCUCACUCUUGUCGAUAUUAAACUUGCUACUGGAGCCUUCUCCGUCGUCUCAUUCCAAGGAAGUUUUUGACUCUAUUCUCACAGGGCUUAGUUAUGGGAACGCCAUGCUUUAUCAUGUCGAACCACCAGUUUCUCAGGCGAUUGCUCCUGUAAUAUAUAUGUGGAGACCUUCUCAGUUACCUAAGAGAAGAGACGAGGGGAAAGAGGGUGACUGCGUAGGAAAUGAUGCUCCAGUCUCAAAUGGAGAUCAUGUAGACUUUCGAAAACUUUGGGUGUGGAUCCAUGCUUCUUCCUUCAGUGAGGGAUAUGAUUCUCUUAAACUAGCUUGUCAAAAACAGAUGAAUGAGACAGGUGUCUUAGUUGAUUGCUUUUCACUCGAGGGUCAGCUUGCAAAACUUGAGAUUUUUGGUCCAAAAGCAUCUAAUCUUCUUAAAAAAACCCUACAUCCUGUUACAAGAAGCUCAGAGACUAUUUUAAGAGAGUGUUCAACAGAAAAAGCUGAAGUUAAGAACGUUUGUGAUCCUUACAAAGAGGAGAACAUAUCAUCUUGUGCUAUUUUAGCUCGGGUUGUCAUGGAUCCGCGGUUAAUCCCGAAUUACUCACGUGAUGAUACUACAGUGUCAGUUGAAAUGACCAAAACUGAGCCUACUGAGUCAACUGAAAUGACAAACAACACAGAUGCUGAAGAAAGUCUUCCUGAAGUUUUCAAGUGCUUGUGGGAUGCAAAUAGUGAACUGUCCCCUCCAGAAGAAGAGAGCAUGUUGUGUUGGGAAAAGCAUCAAAGUCGUAUGAAUUCUCUUUGCCUCAAUGAUCUAGCUGCUGAGGUUCCGAAGGUAUCUAGUAGGCCAAGGAGUUCGAGGUCUUGUCCUUUACUGCUUCUCAAACAUAAAAAACUUGGGAGUUCACCUACUGGAUGGUCUCUUAUACUUCCCCUUAGUUGGAUCAAAGUCUUCUGGAAUGCCUUCGUCUCAAAUGGAGCUCAGGCAAUAGGUCAGAGGGAGAAACGCUGGGUUUCUUGUGAUGCUGGUUUCCCCUUUUUCCCAUCAGAUUUUCCUGACUGCAAAGCAUAUUCAUCUUUAACAAUGAGCGAAGCUGCAGAAUUGGAGGAGAAGGCACAAAGGCGCCCUCCUGCCAUAAGACCGUUCAGAAUUCCCAUUCCACCUCCAUGGAAUAGUAUCCAUGCCACGCGUUCUAUUGGAGAGAGUUCCAAUCAAAAGCUUACAAGCGAUGGGACGACUGGAGUGGAGAUUUUCAGUUAUGGUGGUAAUCUAUUUGAUGGUAUCGUGGCAAGAACAUCAGAUUCGCUGACUACUUUUCUCAAAACUUUCACAAGCGACAACUUACUUUUAUUUCCUCACAACACUUCGAAACCACACACAAACCUUAUGAAUACUCUUCAUGAAGAUGAAACAAAAGCAAGAGCUCAGAUCCACCAGAGCGGUAAUAAACUGUGCCUUGUCAGAGUUCUUCUACAUGCUUUCAAGGAAGGUUCUUUUGAAGAAGGCGCAGUUGUAUGUGCACCAUCUCUUGCAGAUAUAUCAGUACUAAAAUCCGGCUGUAGUGAAGGAGAAGAAGGGCGUGUUACAAUCCCUCAAUCUUCUGUAAGUUCUUACUUCCAAGAACAACCUUCUGGAACCUGGGAACUAAAUGUCCCUGAAGACACUCUUACAAAGCAAUCUCAUAGAUGGCCAAUCGGGUUUGUAACAACAGGAUUUGUCCGUGGAAGUAAAAAGCCGACGGCGGAAGCUCUGUGUGAUGCAUUGUUGUUAGGGAGACUAAGAGAAGAGCAAUGGAGAGGGAAAGAUGUGAAACGGAGGAAGAAGGAGAUUUAUGUUUUGGUUAGAAGCCUAGGAUCUUGUGCUUAUAGACUCGCACUUGCUACUAUUGUUUUGGAGCAACAAGACUCUAGUGAUGAUGUCCACUGCUUCUGAAAUACAUUUUUAAAUCCACCAGCAGUCCAUCACUGUUGUUUCGUUUGU